AAAUCAGUUAAAGUUAUUUCAAACUAACAAGAUGAAAGUCGUUCUGCUUAUUUUGAUUGUGUGCUCCUUCUACGAGUUUGCGCUGGCUCAGAGUGCUGCGGACUUGGCUGCCUAUAAGGCUAUGCAGCAGCAGUGCAUCACCGAACUGAAGAUAUCGGCAGCUGAGGCAGCGCAAAUCACCAGCGAUAAGUUGGUUGCCAAUCCAUCUGAGGCCUACAAGUGUUUCCACAGCUGUCUCUAUAAGAAACUGGGUCUCAUCACUGGCGAACAGCCAAACGACGCUGCUAUUCUCAAGUUCGCCCAGGCACGCUUCAGCAAGAUUUCGCAGGACAAGAUCAAGACGGAGCUGAAGGCUUGCUCUGCACCGGGUCCAGCGAAUUGCGAUUUCGUGUACAAGUAUGAGAUGUGUGUGGCAAAAGCAUUAACUGCCUAAGAGGGGAGUGUUGCAGGAGGCAACAAUGCAUGCGUGUUGCAUAAAUGAUGGGUGAUCCGGCAAUCACGUAGUUGAAUCCCUUAAAUAAUAAAGUUAUUCUACAAUAUUAACGCAUUUACUGCAUAAUCGAGGUGUGAGCUGCAUUGUGCAUUUAAUUAUGCAAAUUGAAAAUGGCAAAUGAGUCAACACAUUCACAAAACAUAAACACACUUAUGCACACACAAGUCCAACAACCGAUUUCAAAACACAAUUUCGACAAGAUGCGAAAUGGAAUAUUCCUUCAAUUGUAUUUUGAUGAUAUCAAAAUUUAUAUCAAAGUAUUUUAACAGACUUUUAACACGUUCAAUAACAUGUUGAUUGCAAUGCAUUAAAAGUGAUGCACUUUAAUUUAAUUAAAUUGCGGAAGUCACACGAAUUCGCAGAUGAGAACAUGCCUUGGGCAAAAAUAAUACAAAUAUGUGCAUAAUCCAUUUAAGCUGAUGGCUUGGGGAGCAGUCGCGGGGAGGCAGUUAAAGCCGCAAUUAAGCUGUGACAAACUGUGACACGUACAAAACCCAACCACCCAACAUUCAGAGCUUUUUGUUUGUCUAUUAUGAAAUACAG